CAGCACCGCUACCACGGUCGCGCGACGGGCCAGCAGCUUGCCGGCGUCCGUCCCGAGUUUCCGUUGUGCGUCGUGUGAAUCGCGUUCGCGACCGUUUAUCGCCCCGUCGCCGUGUAUGUGCGUUGCCGUUACCGUGUACGUUGAAUCAACCGCGGACCAACAACCGUGCGAUCCGCACACCGGUGCGUUCGCGGUGCUGAGCGGACGCGUUCCGAUAGUUGCGCACCACUACCGCCGAUAACCGUGUGCGCGUUCCUAGUGGAUAUCAUUUUCUGUGUCGUAACCGAAUUGAAAACCGGACUGUUUGCGUGCACCCCGAGAAGAGCGUCGCCGGACCGCGACCGGUCUCAGCCGACAAUACGCGUCGCGUUGCGUUACCACGAGUGCCGAUAUUCCGCGUUCGGGCAGUGCGACCACGAGUCACGCAGUGCGCCGGAAAAUAAUGCGUGUCCGUCCGCGACGUCGCCGCUGACCACUGCCGUGUCGUCCGCAGACAACCCGCGCCAAGAUCCGUCGUGUCCGCUUCGUCUUGGCGGUCGUCUUUUUUUCCCGUAACACCCCGCCCCCGCCGUCAACGCUCGUGCGAUUGUGCGAACGCGUGUGGUCUCCGCUGGGUAGAGGAUUACCGAGCUGAAGCCGUUAGCCAUAGGAGGCGAGAAACCGUUCCGGACUGCCAACAGAACCGGAGAGUGGGGAAAAAGAAAAGAAAAAAAAUAAACGCACCCCUUUUAAAUUAUUUCCACUUUAUUGUUUGUUUUAUGCAUUUUCUCUACGCUGUAUAGAUCGAUCGAUUUAUGGCACUAUGUUGACGUUAACGGGAUUAGAAGAAGAUUUAAUGCCAUAGAGCGGUUAUCCGAAGAGUGAGAAGGAGAAAGAGAGAGAGAGAGAGAGAGAGAGAGAGAGAGAGAGAGAGAGAAAGAGAUUAACAGUAAUAAAAAUAAGAAGAAAAGGUGGAGAGAGUAACGAGAGGAGGAAGAAAGUUACUAAAAAAUAAGAUUUUUAAAAAUUGUAAAUUGUAAACAAGGGGCGCGUUUACUGCAUUCUGAGAGGAUGUACUCGACAAAAGUAACAGCCAUGACAUUCCUGAUGGCGAUAUUUGCAGUGAGCCCACUUCAGUCAUCCGAAGAAAAAUUCAAUUCUCAACAGCAGAAGAAACAGGUAUCUGAUUUUUUGGUCAGGCCGUUUUUCGAUACAUCCGUAUCGUCCAACAUCACCACGCAGCUGGGUGGCCACGCUUACAUGCCGUGCAGAGUCAAACAGCUUGGCAACAAGUCGGUGUCAUGGAUCCGCCGACGGGACUCUCACAUACUCACCAUCGAUUGGCUGUUAUUUAUCGCCGACGACCGUUUUCGGAUAUUCCUGGUCGAGCCCACGUGCACGUGGACGUUACAAAUCAAAUACGUGCAGCCCAGAGAUGCGGGUAUCUACGAAUGUCAAAUAAACACAUCACCCAAAAUGAGCCAUUUGGUUCAGCUCAACGUAGUGGUACCAAAGAUCGAGAUCAUGGGCGAGUCGGACAUCCACGUGAUGGAGGGCAGCUCAGUGAGCCUGAAGUGCGUGAUUCGGCAGAGCGUGCGGGACCCGGACUACAUAUUCUGGUACCAGAAUAACAAGAGAGUGCUGGACUACGGCAAAGGCGCAAAGGUGAUCAGCAGCGAGCGGUUAGAUGCCAACACGAUGGUGGCCACGUUGACCAUCAACAACGCGGUGUUGCACGAUUCGGGCAACUACACGUGUCAACCAUCCAACUUGGACUCGGCCAGCGCGUACUUGCACGUCUUGAACGGUGAACAUCCUGCUGCCAUACAGCGAGGACAUAGUUCCGGUACACAAAUACCCAUCCGCCUAUUAGGACCCCUGUCAGCCGUAUUGGGACUCAGUUCCAGUCAUUCGACGAGGGCCGCUCUGUUAACGACCGCGUUUGCCGUCGAUCUGGUCAUCCGGGUCCUCUUCUCGAUGAUUGUCUAAAUGAUAUCGUCGGAACCCGCCGUUGCCGCCACUGGAUCAGAACCAGGAUCAGGAAGGAAAACGUCUCCCACAACCACGGUGUGACCGAUCCUUCAGGAGACUUGCACCGAAUGUAGCAAUCCAGAAAAGUCACGAAACCCGUAUAACCGUCUUCUCUCGUCACCAUGAUCUGUCACAAUCCAUUUCAAACACCUCGCUAGUCCACAAAAUGCUCGUUAAAUACAUAUUUAAUGAUAAUAAAAAUAAUAAUAAUAGCCAAAAAAAACGACCAUUGCGAUUAGCCAGAGUGCAAUCACCUAAUAUUAAAAUAUUAUGUUAUCAAUUUUUACCAUAUUGCCAAAAUACGUUCCUUCGCGUGUGCCGUGUCGGAAUUUUCUGAUAAAUCUAAACAACUAUAUCAAUAGAGUUGAUAUUAUUAUUAUUAGGACGACGAGAACGAUGAUACUAUAACAUUUACUAUCGUUGGUAUACUCAAUGAACGCACGUGUGUUUCGUCGAUUGGUGGUGACGGCACGAUAUUUGUUUUUAAACGUGUACAGUUUUUUUAUGUGUAUUUACUAUUUAUUAUUAAUAUAUAAAAGAGCAUAU